ACCAGUCAGCUUCUCCAAGAGAAGAUCACCUUCUGGCUACCAAAUGGAAUCAAUGGAUAAUGAACACCACUCCACCAUCCAUUCUCGCCUGGAUCGUCUUGACAUCAUGAUGGGCUAUUUGGAGGAGAUAAAGACAAGCAAAGCCAUGGGAAACUCCUUUGCUUCAACAACAACAUCCAGUGCAACUGGCACAACAACAACAACAACAACAACAACCACAAGUGAAGGAGCACUUGGGAAUUCAUCAGUGAACUCUUCCCCCAAAAGCAUAACUGAUGUUGUCACUGAAACUCAGAAGAAGGGUAGCCUCUUAGACCGUGUCAACCAUCUUGAAAACAGAGUCAUGAAGUUAAGCUUGCAAGUGGAGAAGGAGAACCAAGAAGAUAAGAGCUUGAAAAGCAAUAAAGAAAACAAGAAACACAAGAAGGGACUGAAACAUCUAGUGAAGUCUUGCGUCAACGGUGGAGAUGUUAUGACUAAGGACUGAUGAUAUCUUUGUUCUUACUUCUUGUUGUUGUUGUUGUAUAAACUAUAAAUUUUUAAAAAGUUGUUAAUAAUAGUAAUAAGAAUAAUAAUAAUUAUGUUUAAUAACAACCCGUCAACGCUCAUGUUGAAAAAGUCAACGAACACAACAUCCCGGAUGUUUCUAGUGAAUAAUGGAAUGACUAGUAGCUAAAACGGCAAGCAAUGGCAGUGCAAUGCUACUACGUUUUCAUAUCUUCUUAACGGGUCUGACUUGUUGACUUUGGAUCCAUUAACAGUUCUUAUUUUAAUACCGACACCGAACCCGUGCUUUUGAAAACCCCAAACAAAGAUUGAAAUCGAGAAAUCAGUGAAGAGAGCGAGAGAGAGAGAGAGAGAGAGAGAGAGCUUGGAGAGAUGCUGGACUUGUUCUUCGCGGUGGCGUUCUCGGCGGCGCCGCUGACGUUGUACGUGCCGCCGGUGAGGUGUUUGAAUCUCUUCCUCGUCGCCGUGCAAGGCUUUGCCCGGCAAACGGCCGAUCGCUCGGCGCGCGUCUACCCGCGAGCGCGGCUUGGAUUCUCUCGCGUCGUCGCCGCGCUUCGCCGUGUAUUUUAUAUAUAGAUUCAUGGAUUCGAUCUUCGAUUUGGUGCGCAUCACGGCCCUUGUUUGUUUGUCCUCUUUUACGGGAUCAUGAGUGUGUGUGUGUUUUUCUUUCGAUGAUGAUGAGUGAUGAAUAAGUGAAUUAUUACUUUAUUAUGUAGACUUAAAACUAUAUUAUUUACUUGUUAAUGAAUUACUAGUUAAUGC